AUGUCUUGUUCCCAAGCAAGAAGGUCAUCAGAUUUGGUUUCAAAUCGUGAUGAACGUCGAUGGGUGAUAAACAUCCGUACGUUCCUUGACGAUGAAGAAGAUGGUGAAGGUACUGAAGUUCUCGCAUCGAUCCACAGUGUUCCCAAAGCACUGAUUUCGAGUAACCCAGAGUUUUACACCCCACAAAUGGUUGCUAUCAGCCCUUAUCAUCAAUGGCGUCCGGAGCUUUACGAGAUGGAGAGAUACAAGCUGGCUGCUGCAAGACGAAUUCGAAGGCAAUCACGGCCGUCUCGUCUUUCGUUCCCGACGAUUGUUCAACAUCUGCAAAAGCUCGAGACGAGGAUCCGGGCUUGUUACAACAAGUACUUGGACGUCGAGGAUGAAACUUUGGCUUGGAUGAUGGCCGUUAACGGUUCGUUCUUGCUCGAGUUUCUUCGAAUCCAUGUUUGUCGUGAGGAUCAAGUGAGCAUGACGAUGUCGAAACUGAAUCACGACUCGAUUCUCAGAGACGUUGUGAUGCUGGAGAAUCAGAUCCCCUUGUUUGUGCUGCGAAAGGUGCUGGAAAUCCAAUACUCAUCGUCGGAAACAGCCGAUGAUAUCAUGCUUUCGAUGCUGAAGGGAUUUUCUGGCGAGCUCUCCCCUUUCAAAACAAUGGAGACGAUCGAUGUUUCGAAAUGUCAUCAUAUUCUGGAUUUUCUCUACCAAAUGAUCGUCCCUAACCUUGAACAAAUACCAUCCGAAGAUUCCGAACAAGUCGUCGAAUUGGAAGAACAGAAGGAACACACAGAUGAAAAAGAAAGCAUUAGUUACAGGAACCAGCUGUUGAUCGAGAUAUGGACGACGCUUUCGAAAAUGACUCAGUUGCACAAACCGUUCCGGCUCAUACUCAAUUUCCCCUGGAAAAUCCUAUCAAACAUAAUGAAAGAGCUAAAGAAGGAAGAUGACAAUUCCAUGAUAGAAGAGAUCACAAUCCCAUCCGUAUCUGACCUCUCGAAAGCCGGUGUCCGUAUCGUCCCGACGAACGGAAACAUCUCGACGAUCGGUUUCGAUGUCCAGACCGUCACAUUACACCUCCCGAUCAUCUCCAUAGACAAUAACACCGAUGUCGUCCUAAGGAACUUGGUGGCAUACGAAGCAUCGUACGCGAUAGGACCGCUGGUUUUCGCCCGAUACACCGAGUUAAUAAAUGGAAUCAUCGACACGGAGGAGGACGUGAGGUUGUUACGAGAAAAGGGUGUUGUUUGGAAUGGUUUGAAGAGCGACAAGGAAGCUGCUGAUAUGUGGAACGGGAUGAGUAAGUCCAUCAGAUUAACCAAAGUCCCGUUGUUGGAUAAAGUGAUUGAAGACGUUAACAAAUACCACACUGGCACAUGGAAGGUUAAGCUCAAUAACGUGUUGAAGCACUACGUCUAUCGUUCAUGGCGGUUCCUCACACUGCUGGCGGCGGUUGUGCUUCUGUUCCUGUCGACAUUCGAGGUCUUUUGCUCGGUUUAUGGCUGCUCUCGAGUCUCGACUCUAUGA